AUGGGAGGUGCGAAGACCAUCGGCCUGAUCGGCAGCCUCGCAGUUCUGCUGAACAACAUCUUGGGGCCCGGGAUCGCCAACUUCUCCAGCCUUUACCAGCAGAGCGGCUGGUUGCCCCCGACUUUCCUGGUCCUGGUCUGCGUUGCUUCCAGCAUCUUCAGCGGGGCCAUGCUGCUGGCAGCAAUGCGUGCGUACCCAAACAACCAGGAUUUCGAUGUCCGAGUUGAGUAUGGUACGCUCUGCCGGCACUACUUCAACUCGAGAGUGGCCCAGAUCUUCCAAGGCCUCUUUCAGCUUGCGAUGCUCACGGCCAACAUCAGUAACAUCAUCCAGACAGCGCAGGUCUUCGACUAUUUCUUCGACACAGUCUUCGGUGACUCAUGUGCCCUCAUGUUCUACCCGAGCGUCUUCCAUCCAUUCUGCCGGAGUUCCAGCCAGGAUGUAACCCCCUUCGGUGCUGGGAAGGUGGUCCUCUCUCUUGGGAUGUGCAGUGUCGGACUCGUCAGCAUCCCUUUGGGCUAUUGGAACCUGGAGGAUAACGUGAAGGUGCAAAAUGCAGCGCUCUUCGUCAUCAUUCUGUCGAUCUUGCUCUGGAUGUUCAUCUUCUGUGCCCUUGGCCUCGAAGCCGAACGGGUGCCAGCAGUGGGGACCUCCCUUCACAACAUGGGGGGCACUAUCCUCUUUAACUUCAUGUUUAUCUCUACGGUACCCUCCUGGGUCUGCGAGAAGAAGCCCGGAGUGCCACCGCUAAGAACGAUCCUGCUAACCCUGGCCCUGGCAGUGGUGGGAUACCUGAUGGUUGGCAUCCUCGGCGGCAUGGCCUUCGAGCCCUACUUCAAGACAGACAACACGCUGCUUUCUCAGCUGAACCACAUCUCUCCUCAGGAUGGAUCGCGAUUGGUUCGAUCCACAGCCUUUGUCACUGUACAGGCCUAUGCCAUCUCAGCGAAUUUGGCCUCGAUCCCCAUAUUCUCCAUCCUCAUGCGCUACAACUUGAUAGAAAGCAAGCUCAUGGGCCCCAAGGUGGCAGGUGCUGCUUCCGUGCUUGUUCCCUUUGGGGUGUCCGUCCUUCUCUACACCGGCGAAGGCUUUAAGAACGCCGUGGAUUUCUCCGGCACCUUCACCUCCUCCUUCGUGAAUCUUAUGGCGCCCAGCCUCUUCUUCCUCUCGGCGCUGAGGCAGCCCGAGCAGACCGCAACGCUGAUGAGCGCUCGCGAGUGCGUGCCUCUCGCGGAAGGAAAGCCCUUCUGGAAGACGUCGGCGUGGGAAAGCCUCCAAUGCCAAGCUGCGAAGCCCCGGCGCAUGUGGCAGAUCAUCGCUUGGGUGAAUCUGUCCUUGAUGGCGGUGCUCACUCUUGUCUCCAUCGUGGACCAGUUUAUGUAG